AUGAGUAAACGCCAUCUACAUGAGAGGGAUCUUUCGUUCCCCAGCCCAGCACUGUCGCACCAUCUAACACUUCCCGAUGACGAGAUAGCCGCAGUCGAACAGGAAGACGAGCUCUCUCAAGCCUUGCUUUUGCUGAUUGAAAGCGUACUGCGUGACAUGCAAGACGAGCUCCAACAGCAAUUGAAAGCGCAGCUACAAGAGUCCCAGAUGGAGAGAGUGCAGCACAAGAAGGAACUCUCCUCACUAGCGGAGUCACUUGUGGCGAAACUACAUACUACAAAAGAACAAGGGGUGGAAGAUAUCGAGAAAAGGGUCGGUAUCCACAACUUGCCGGAGCACUGUGGCCGGCGAGGGCAUCCCAGACAAUAG